GCCUGCAAGCGAAAGCUAUAUACUGCUCUGAGUCAGCUGAUUCUGAUACGUACUGUCAUACGUACUGCGCCACAUGGAGACUUCCAUUUUACCACACGAGCAGGCCUCCGAACCUUGUCCGAACGACGAAUACAUUUAAGUAUAUCAUGACCAGAACCAAUCGAUGUUAUCCCACAGACAACUCAUUUUUGUCCUCCCAUCGAGGCAACAGCACUGGCAAGAAUGCCACAUCUAACCUUUGCAGUGCUCGGUAGCUUACAGCUUCUCGCUGGAGUAUCAGCUCAAACAUGGUGCAAUAAACACUACAUGGCCAGCCAGCCUGUUGUUCCGCCAGGUGGUAACUUCCCUGUCGCGGCUGCAUCAAAAGACCCACUUCUCGCCUUCCGGUGUGCGGCUGCUAUGAAGCCUUACUUGGCAGAGGAUAUAGGCACGCCUGCAGGCGUCCUCAUUGAUUCGCCCGUGGUCUACUCAGAGAUAUCCGGAGCACAGCCAAUUGACCUCCUCUCAGGACCUCUUUCCAGUGCGGGCGAGUUGGAUGUCACUGUAAGCCUGAACGGAAAGACCCUCGUCAACGCACUCGUGCCACUCAAUGCUUCUGCAUAUGAGCUAUCAUUCAGCCUCGAUGGGAUCACUCCUCAGAUGACCCCAUACAACCUCUCUUGCGAGGCCACGUACGCAGCAAGUUCAUCUUCACCUCAGACCUAUAGCGCCUCAGCAGCUCUUUCUGUACUCCCUAAUCCGACCAAUAGCUCCGUGACUAAGAUGGAUCUAAGGACUGGAGCGCUUCUGGCAAAGCCAGCAACUGGGUUGGGUGGAGAGUAUGAGCCAAUCUUUCCGAUUGGCUUUUAUACGACCUUUGACGGAUACCUAUCAACAAAUCUCUCGGCGGUUGAUACACUGAAGGAACAAGGUUUCACCAUUAUUCAUAUUGUCCCCACGUUCGACAACAUGACUGCCUUUGAAAUGGUUCUCGAUCGUAUGCAAGAAGUCGGCCUGUAUCUCAUGUACGACAUGCGUUUCACCUACAUGAACAACACUUCCGUGAUGGAGCAAGUAAAUUCUAUCAAAUACCGCCCUAAUCUCCUACUAUGGUACACUGGUGACGAACCUGACGGAACAUCAGACCCACUGAACGCCACAAGUAUUGCAUACGAUCUCAUCUACAGUCUGGACGGUUACCAUCCCGUCAGCCUCGUGUUGAACUGCCAGGACUACGAAUGGGCCUCGUACACCGCAGGCACAGAUAUCGUCAUGCAAGACGUGUACAUGAUCGGGAAUAAUGUGACCUGGUCCAACGAGUGGAACACGACUUGCACACCUGACUAUGGUGACUGCGGUUGUGACAAUUGCUUCAGUAUUGCUGCCGGAGAUAGUGCUGCUGUUCCACCCAACUCUACCUAUUAUGGGAGCACCGUCCCUGCAAAUAGCGGUGUCGGGUCAUACUUUGAUAUCAGUGACCGGGUUGCAAGCUUUAAAAAUCGACUGGAGGUGAUGGGAUGGGAACGUACCAAGGCGGUAUGGACUGUCCCUCAAGCUUUUGGCAGCGCGGAGUCAGUUGUCCUUGUCACUUUCCUGUAUCUGCUGUUGUUGACGUCCUUCGUCAGGUAUUGGAUGCGUACUCCUACGGGCGAAGAAUGGGUUGUCCAGAGCAUCAUGGGCAUUAAUCACGGUGCUCUGGGUGUCGUCCCUUGGGUAGAUCCGAAUCCCGACUACAUCAAGAUGGCGGCGUCCGGGUUUGCGCUGAGCUUGCCGAAGCUGACGCCAUUUUUCUUCAACGCUGCCUCAGUGCGGAGCAACUAUUUAGUCGGGGGCGUUGACAUCGCUACUUGGGCAGCAGAUACUGAGACGCUCGUACUCGCUACCAACACCGAUUAUGUCACCUCGAAGGUGACCUGGAAAGAUAUCGGACUCCAUGGGGGUGGUGUUGAGGCUGUGUACACGAGCGGAAGUGUCGAGAACACUGGGAGUAGUUUCACGCUUGGGAGUGUGGCGUCUGCGGCCUUUGUGGUCCGUUCGUAA